AUGCCUUUGAACAAACUAACCAGUGCUUAUCCUGGAGAGGUGCUCAUAAGGGAGAGAAAUAGAGAGAGACACAAAUCACCCCGGAAUAAAGAUGGCAGAGGGUCAGAAAAAUCUGUCACCAUUCAAGCUCCCACCGGAGAGCCCCUGCUGGCAAAUGAUUCUACUCGGACGGAGGAAGUUCAGGAUGACAACUGGGGAGAGACCACGACGGCCAUCACAGGCACAUCAGAGCACAGCAUUUCGCAGGAGGACAUUGCCAGGAUCAGCAAGGACAUGGAGGACAGCGUGGGGCUGGAUUGCAAGCGCUACCUGGGCCUCACUGUGGCCUCGGUCCUCGGACUUCUAGUGUUCCUCACCCCCAUUGCCUUCAUCCUGUUACCCCCCAUCCUGUGGAGGGACGAGCUGGAGCCUUGUGGCACCAUUUGCGAGGGACUCUUCAUUUCCGUGGCGUUCAAGCUCCUCAUUCUGCUCAUCGGGACCUGGGCGCUCUUCUUCCGCAAGCAGAGGGCCGACGUGCCGCGGGUGUUUGUGUUCCGUGCCCUUUUGUUGGUCCUCAUCUUUCUUUUUGUGGUUUCCUAUUGGCUGUUUUACGGGGUCCGCAUCUUGGACUCGCGGGACCGGAACUACCAGGGCAUCGUGCAGUACGCCGUGUCCCUGGUGGACGCCCUCCUCUUCAUCCAUUACCUGGCCAUCGUCCUGCUGGAGCUCAGGCAGCUGCAACCCAUGUUCACGCUGCAGGUGGUCCGCUCCACCGACGGCGAGUCCCGGUUCUACAGCCUGGGACACCUGAGGUAAGGGGCACGUCCGAGAGGCAGAAAGGACCGCUGACUGACAUCGUGCUGGCGGAUAGCACGUGAGGGGUGAGGACAGGUGCCAGGUGCCAGGACCGGGGUCUGACUCCCUUCUUCAGGUUUUGGGAGGAGCUCUGUGUGUGUGUGUGUGUGUGGAAGGGGGGUGUGUGUCCGUGUCCACUGACUUUCCUGACUGCUGGGUGGGGUGACACCGUUGGUGACUUCAUCCAGGUUGGAGUCUUAUUGGGCCAGCUCUCAAGCUUGGCAGCUCCCAAAAGUGGUGGAGGGGGGUGCAUUGUGAUGGCUGCUGGCCUUGCCGCUGAAAUUGGCCUGUGAACAGUGGACAAAGUGACCAGCCCCUCCAGUUUGCUCAGAAUGCUACAUCUGGUUUACAUCCUGGUCCUGGUAGGAUUGCUCAUCCUUCCUUUUUUUUCCCCGCUCUCAGAGGUGUCCUGGUUUAGGCGCUAAAUUACGUGGCCACCCUGGUGACCCUCAGUAAAGAAUCAAGUGCAGACUAGAGACCCCAAACUUUUGGAGAGUUGAGCGUUUUGGAA